AUGGAACGAAAGAAGAAAAAGACACAACCAACAACUGAAGCAGCAGAUGCUGCAACUGCAGCAGUUGUCAAAGACGAUGAUGAAUAUGUACCAUUGUUUCAGUAUAGAGGGUCAAUGACUGCACUCGAGGAUAUUGAUUUACUCGAUGAUAUGGGGAAUGAAGAUGGUCUAGACGAUCAACUUGCAUUCAAAGAGUUUAAUACUCCCUCUAAAAAGGGAAAGAGAGGAAAGAAAAAGACUACUACACCAAUCUCUGAGAGAUUGUCGGGUAGAGCGACUAAACGAAAGAAAAGAGCUGACUUUGACGACGACCUUAUAGACAGCAACGCCUCUGAACAACAAGCACAACAAGCAUAUGAAAGUCAAUUCGACACCACCUUACAACGAUCGCAAACAACACCUAUAAAGACACCAACUCAUUCAAAGUCUUCAUCAACCAUACCAACAUCACUCCCAAAGGCAACUACUCAACCAAAUUUACAACAACAACAACAACAAUACAUCUCAUUAGAUGAUGCAGAUGAUUAUGUUGAAUAUCUUCCCUCUCAAACUUCAAAUAAUAAUAAUAAUAACAAUAAUAGUAUAAGGAAUAGCAAUAAUAAUAUUAGAAGUAGUAGUGGUAGUAGUAGUAGUAAUAGUAGUAAUAAUAAUAUGGGUAUAUAUAAAACAAUUGAUAUUGAUGAUGAUGAAGAAGAUGAUGGUGGCUUGGUAGUCAUGGGUAGUACACCAUCAAAGAUCAACAUCUACCAACCACCUAAAUACCAAGAAUAUGAUGUAUCUUAUACUGGAUCAUCAAGUGCAACGUCGUCGUCUCUCAAUACUACUACAUCAUCAUCAUCAUCAUCAUCGACCACUUCAUCAACACCCUAUAAUUCACCGAUUCGAUUAACAUUUAAAUUGGUUGGAGAAGAGGAUGUUAUUUUCGAUACAUUAUAUGAUACACCAAUUAAACAAUUGGUAGACACUUAUUGCCAAAAAAAGCAAUUGGAUCCAGCAACUGUACAGAUAAAGUUAUAUGGUUUGGCAAUGUCACACACCAAAACACCAAGAGAGUUGGAACUGAUCGAUGGCGACGAACUAAUGGUUGCAUUCAAGGAUAUAGAAUAUAAAGCACCACCAUCUCUUCUCCACUCACUCUCCUCGCCCAAUCUUUCAUCCUCUUCUCUUUUCACACCCAAUGGUGCACCAUUCUCAACUGCUGCCACUGUCGUUGACGACACUCCAAAAAUUCUUUUAUGUGUUAGAUACAAUGGAACCACUCAUAAAUUUAAAUUAUCACCGAGCGAUCCAUUUGAAAAAAUAGUAAAUGCAUUGAUGAAAAAGGAAAAUAUACCAGAAGCGAAAAAAUCAAAGGUUGUAUUGAAAUUUGAUGGUAUGGCGCUAAAAUUAACACAAACUCCCGAGGAUGAAGACAUGGAAGAAGAGGAUCUUAUCGAUGCUACUUUAAGUUCAUCACCCACAAACACUGUUUUAUAUCUAUAUCUAUUAAUUUAUAAUUUAAAUAAUAAAAUUGUAAAAGAAGCUUUGGAGGAUGUUGGUGAGUUGAUUGAUAAAGAGGUGGUUGGAAAUAUGAAGAUUCCAUCGUUUACAAUGACAGUGGUCAAUGGUGAUAAUAUUAUUUGGCAAAAGACGAUUGGUAAUGAGGAUCCCCUAAACAAUGCGUCUGCUCCAUUGUCAAUCGACCACAACGUUCGUAUUGGAUCUGUCACUAAAUCAUUUACAGCAUUGAUGAUGUUCAAGUUGCGCGAUGAAGGUGUUAUUGAUCUUGAUGACAGACUCGUAAAAUACUUGCCUGAAUUUUAUAUUCAAUCGGUCGACAACAGUGCCGACGAUUUGAACCUGAAAUCGUCCGCUCCAACAUUUAGUACCAUCACUCUCGAGGAGAUUGCUAGUCACCAGUCUGGUCUACCAAGAGAUGUGCCAUGUCGAUCACCAUCCUACGAAGACUGUGACUGCAACCGAAUCCUUGCCACACUCCGAACCAUGUUUAGACCACUCCCAUCGUUGAUGUCACCCAUCUACAGUAACCUUGGGUACACACUGUUAGGAAGAGCUCUAGAGAAUGCUCUCAACAUUUACGAAGGUCGAUCGAACACACCCUCCAGAAACAAAGAUUGGGUCUCUUACGAAGACUAUAUUAGACAAAAGUUUCUUCAUCCUCUUGGCAUGUUUGACACGCACUUCAAGGCAAGCGAAUCUAGAAGACCACGUGCCAUGUCUGUCAAGGUUGACAAGGCCAACAAUUAUUCCAUGUCGCAUUUCGAAGUGACCAAUCUUGGGUUCUCUGUUCCGAUGGGUGGAAUGUGGUCAACUGCUCGUGACAUGUCCAAAUACCUAUCAUUUCUUUUAAAGUUUCCAAAUGACAACAAGGUUUUAAAGUAUAGUUCAUUCCUCGAGUCUCUCAUUCCACUCUAUGUUCGUGCCGAUGGUAAUACCUCCCUAGCAUUACCCUGGGAAGCAUUCUAUGACACUGAGAAUAAUUAUUGGACCAUUGCGAAAUCAGGAGAAUUUGAAGGAUAUUUAUCAUACCUUUCAUUUGUUAGAGAAUUAAACUAUGGAUACUUUUUUAAUGCAGCAUGUGACAAUGAAGAUAUAUUUUCCAUUCGACUCAAGAUCCACAACAUCUUGUCCAAGGCAUUCAAACAGGUUUGUUGUGACAAUGACAGAGUCAAAGAUAUUGUCAGCAAACCAGCAUUUGAAAACCAAGUAUCAUCUGUUCCAAAUGAAGAUGAUUACAAGGUACUGAUGGGAUUGUACAAGACACGUGACAUCCACAGUGGCAUUGCUUACAGUGACUUUGAACUCAUCCAAUUGACCAUUUGCAAUAGUAUCAGAAAUAACAAUAGUCUCGAGGUUGUCAAUGAACGAGACUACAAUACCACUCUAUAUGUAGGAUGUCACAAACAAGCAACUCUUCGUAUCAUCGAUACCGAGGUAUUCUAUUACUUUUUAGUUCCAUACUUUAAAGAUAACCAAAUAAUGUUGGAUGCUACAAUUGAUCCAAUUGAUAAAUCGACCAGUAGUUCUUCUUCUUCUUCUUCUACUUUUAAUACUACUUCUCCAUUACCUAUACCUACAUCAACUCCUUCUCCAUCACCGUUAAUUAUUCCAACUAUUAUACCUACUCCCACACCCAAUGCUACACCUCUAGUAACCAAUCGUAAUAACAGUCGUAAUAAUAGUAGUAGUCUACCUGUUAAUCGUAACAACAACAACAGUACUUCCAAUACCGUUCAAUCCACACCUACUGUUACUGCUGUCGAUCAACAACAACAACAACAGAAAGUGAUAAGAGGACCAACAAGAUUCAUUUAUCGAUUGAUUGCUCCUGAUGCCAAACUAAACUUGACUACUUCAACAUCCAUGUCAUAUGAAUUCAUCUAUGUCUUUCAUGAUCAACUAUACUUUAAAGAUGCUCUAUUCAAAAUAGUUGGUUAA